CCUGCUCAGCCACGAACACAGCGCUGGGAUGAAGACCCUGCUCCUGACGCUUGUGCUGCUCGGCCUGGUGGCUGCCCUGCAGGCCCAGGACCCCCUGUCCCUCCAGCCAGAGGAGCCAGAUGUGAGGCUGGGUGGGGGCGGCAACUGGGACGGUUUGGGGGCACUGUGUAAGGUACAGCAGAUGUGGCCCCUCCUGGGCCAGGCCUGGAGUGGGAACAGUCUAGCGGGCUCUCGGGCCGCGAGGGGUCUGAUAGGGCUGCAUGGUACCCACACUUAUCUGCUUCAGCUCACAGGGACCUGGUACACGAAGGCCUUGGUGAGCAACAUGACCCUGCCAGAGGGGAAGAAGCUCAAGGUCGUGUUCCCCCUGACGGUGACAGCCCGCGGAGGUGGGGACCUGGAGGCCAGGGUCACCUUCUUGAUUAAGGGGCAGUGCCACGUGAAGGAGAUUCCGAUGCAGAAGACCGAGGAGCCCGGCAAAUACAGUGCCUUUGGGGGCAAGAAGUUCAUCUACGUGGAGGAGCUGCCCGUGCAGGACCACUACAUCUUCUACUGCGAGAAGCGAGGCCCAGGGAAGACGUUCGGCAUGGGGAAGCUCAUGGGCAGGACCCCGGAGGAAAACCCCAAGGCCCUGGAAGAAUUUAGGAAAUUUGCACAGCGCAAGCAACUCUCACAGGAGAAAAUCAUCAUCCCUGAGCAGAGGGAAAGCUGCGUCCCCGACCAUGACUAGGGAAGCAGCCACUGGAUCUGAACUGCGCCCUGGAGCUCUCUCCCCAGCAGACCAGCCUUGUACCAGACGGGGUCUCCAGACCUGC